AUGAUUUUACUUCAUCUCCCUAGAGCGAUAUCAAACAAAAAGGAGCAGAAUCGACCUUCACAAAGCGUCGCCUUACGCACAUUUCUCGGUGUCGUCCGCUGUCAUAAAAAUAUCUAUUCGACACCUCGAGCAAUGCUUCCUCCAGGAAAUUUUGUUUAUUACCUGAAAUUUGUAUUGUUCGCUGAAAGCAGCGAUAAAUCUCAUCGUUGA